UUCGCGGAGAACCCAAUUCUUCUUCGUUCUCUGCAUUCCACUAACAAUGGAGAAAUCAGGUUAUGGAAGUGAUGGGAUUUACAGAUCCCUUCGUCCUCCAGUGGUCUUCCCCGAAGACCCAAAUCUUUCUAUGGUUCCUUUCCUAUUCAGGAACUCUUCUUCCUAUUCCGAUAAGCUCGCACUUGCCGACGCCGAUACCGGCGAAACCCUCACCUUUGCUGAGCUCAAAACCAUGGUCGCCAAGGUCGCUCAUGGCCUACUUCGUUUAGGAAUCAAGAAAGGCGAUGUUGUCCUCAUCUUCGCCCCUAAUUCCAUCCAAUUCGCUCUCUGUUUCCUUGGCAUUGUCGCUCUAGGAGCCGUUGCUACCACUGUCAAUCCUCUUUACACCAUCGCCGAGCUCUCCAAGCAGGUAAAGGACUCUCAUCCCAAGCUCGUCAUAACAGUUCCUCCGCUCUGGGGCAAGGUCAAAGAUUUCGGUCUGCCGGCGGUGAUGUUGGGUCCUCUCAAUGCUCCGCCGGCGAUUUCCUCCGGUGCUGGAAUCGUCACUUUCUCCGACCUGGUCAACAUGGAAAAAGGAGCCGUCUUGGAAUUGCCCAAAUCUUCGAUCAAACAGACCGAUACGGCGGCGCUCUUGUACUCCUCUGGCACUACUGGGACGAGUAAAGGCGUCGUUCUUACCCACCGGAACUUCAUUUCUACCUCUCUCAUAAUGACCGCAGACCAGGAUUUCGCCGGCGAUAUGCACAAUAUCUCCCUCUGUUUCCUUCCGAUGUUUCAUAUAUUCGGACUCUCCGUCAUUACCUAUUCCCAGUUGCAGAAGGGCAAUAUGGUUGUCACUCUCGGGAAAUUCGAUUUUGAGUUGGUUUUGAAAGCAGUAGAAAAGUAUAGGGUGACCCAUAUGUAUGCAGUUCCACCAGUCAUGAUUGCUCUGGCCAAACAUAGUUUGGUCAAGAAGUACGAUCUCUCGUCUCUCAAGAACAUUGGUUCUGGUGCAGCUCCUCUAAGUAAGGAGAUAAUGGAGGAGUGUUCCAAGAACUUGCCCCACGCCACUGUUGCUCAGGGUUAUGGGUUGACCGAAUCAUGUGGAGUUGCAACAUUAGAGAAUCCAAAUGUAGGAACUCGCAAUUCUGGUUCAUCUGGGCAACUUGCUUCAGGAGUUGAAGCAAAAAUUGUUAGUGUGGAGACACCAAAGCCUCUUCCUCCCAAUCAAUUAGGGGAAGUAUGGAUCCGAGGACCAAAUAUAAUGCAAGGUUAUUUCAACAAUCCUAAGGCCACUGAAGAAACAUUAGAUAAUCAAGGUUGGUUACACACUGGAGAUCUUGGAUAUUUCGACGAAGUAGGACAGUUAUUUGUUGUUGAUCGAAUAAAAGAGCUCAUUAAGUGUAAAGGAUUCCAGGUUGCACCAGCUGAGCUUGAAGGACUUCUUCUUACUCACCCGGAGAUAUUAGAUGCUGUUGUUAUCCCAUUUCCUGAUGAUGAAGCUGGUGAGGUCCCUGUUGCAUAUGUUGUCCGGUCACCCAACAGCUCACUAAGCGAAGAAGAUGUUCAGGAAUUUGUUGCAAAGCAGGUUGCCCCCUUCAAAAGAUUGCGUAGAGUAACAUUCACAAGUAGUGUUCCAAAAUCAGCCUCUGGAAAGAUACUUCGCAGAGAACUUAUCGAGAAAGCCCGAUCCAAACUAUAAGAUGCUAAGAUUAUGGUACCACCCAUAACUUCAUCUUUUUUAUUGUUUGUCACCAAAAAUGAGAAGAAUCCAGGGAGGGAGUCUCUGCAUACCAUUCAGGUG